CUCUGUUUUUAUUUGUAUCUAGCAUUGCUAUCCCACCAGCCACAGCACAUUCCCCACCUAAUGCUUUAAAUAGUACUACAUUUUCGAGCCUCUGUUUCUACUUAACUUUCUCCCUCAAUCUCUCUCUCAAACACCAUCCAGAUGUCGACUAGAGUUGGCAACAAAUCCAGUCAAAGAGAAGGAAUCAACGGUUUAAAUGGUUCUGUCACAAGAAACCAUAACAACAAGGCUGCUAGGAGCAGAGUUACUAGGAGUUGCAGCUUCAUGGUCUGCAGAAGGUCAGAUUUCCCGCUGGUGAGGUUUCUCAAGCAUCUCGGUGGAAUAGUAGCAGGAGGAGUGCGUUUGGUGUCUGUGAAAAUAAGACCUUCUCCUAAGGUUUCUUCUUCAUUAUCAAGAACAUCAAAGCCAUUUGUAACCCCUGGUGAUACUUACAGAACCGAAGCCAUUGAAGAUUGCAUAGAGUUCAUCAACUCUUCAUCCUCUUUGCCAAGAUCUAAUUCUCUUUCUGCCAACCCUAAUUGAAUCUUUUCGCAUCAAUGGAAAUAUCCUGGUCCUCAACAUCGUACGUAGUUGCUGAAACUAUUCUCAUAAAUCUUUAUGCACAAC